UCCUCGUUCGUCCAACCAGUUUGUGCGUCCAACGGAUACUAAGUUUAUAGAUCUCAGAGUAGUUAGUUUGCGAUAAAAGAAAAGUAAGAAUCCAACAGCUUUCAUGUUUUUGUAAUAAAAAUAAAACCUUAACACUGAGCUUUUCACUCUUUAUUAUGGAACAGUCGAAAAUGGAUACGGAGUUACCUAAUAGAAUGGCUCAAUUAGACAUAAUGGAAGUUGAGGAACUAAAUCUGAAUUCAUCCGACGAGAAAGUGGAUUUCCCAGAUUUGUCAAAAAGAGUAUUGCGAAAACGCAAAUCACUAGCUCCUGAAAUCAGUAAGCCAACUAAUCGUCGAGUUAAUAUGAAGCCCCGCAAGCAUACACUGCCUGAGAGCAGUAAUCGCAAACAAAUUGAGGCUUUAUAUCUCAACAAAAAUGUAAAAACUUUGUCACAAACUUUAGAGACCAUUUACGAAGAGCCUAAGACUGAAGAAAAUUCUAGGAAUGAGAAUCUUAUAGGUGGUAGGAAAGUGAAGAGACUCUUAACGUUCCAGUUAGGCAGCCAGUAUACAAAAGAAAAAAUUAAGAAGCGCAGAGCAAAAAUUAAAAAGUUACUUGGGAACAAGUCAUUUUUGAACAGAAAAAAAAUCCCAAUGCAAGUAUUUUUAGAAACAAUUGAAUGCUUAGAGUUAGAUGAGGUAGUUAAGACUGAAACAAGUACAGAAACAAGUGAGAAAUUAAUUUAAUGACAUGCUUUUUUACCUAUGGUAUUAUUAAUUGCUUUGUGUGGAGAUUGUGAAUGGAAUCAAUGUUCUGAUGUGAAUUUAUUGUAAUAAUAUGUUAAUUCUUUAUCUGCUCCUUUCUUUUUAUGGCAUAGGGGAGAAAAUACAAUAACCUGAUGAAAAUAAUUUAUUGGUAGAUAAAUUGAUUGUAUAAAAUUAGUCUGUCUUUUUUGAAGACGGAGUAAAACAACAUUUGGAAGGUUUCAUAAAAUUUUAAAUAGUCAUGUAGUUGUUGUCAAAAGUUUUAUCAAUAGAUUGUGUAAGGUAUAAUUUUGCCAAAAAUGCCUGAAUUAUCAAAGUUAUGAGGUUCUGAUGAUUACUAAUUGCGUUAUUGCUUUCUUAAUUCUCAUUUUGACAGCUGGCCUACUAGUAUCGAAAUAAAUUUUUACUCAUAUACAUUUCAAUAAGCACAGGCACAUUUAAUUGUCUAUAUUGAAUUAAUAUGACAAUCUUUAAACUAUGUCUCCUCCUUAUAUUGUUAAUAGAAAUAGUUGUGUAUGCAUUUAUAAAUUUACAAAAAUUGACAAUUCAGAUUAACCUGUGCCCAGCAGUUGAACAAAUAAAGGACUGAUGAUGAUUAAAAUAAAACAAGUUCAAUUAAUUGUUUAUUGCGUAAGCGUAACCAACAGUCUGUUGAUAGUCGGUAGAAUGUUUAUUGACUGCAAUCGCUGUCUGCUUACAACACUUUUGUGCAAUGAACUGUCAUUUUAUUCCAUCUUCAAAAAAUACACUACAGCUGAGGUCAAAAUAGGAAACCAGUAACAGCUAAAAACAUUAUAAAUUAUAGCAUAUCUGCAUAUAUUUUGCUUUCAACUAUUUAGUAUUGAUUUAUUGAACAAAGAUGUAUUUACAUAUAAAUAAGUAUAUAAUAAAAUUCACAUACAUGUACCCUGUCAGAGGUUAAUUUUGCAUGCACUGACACAACUAUACCUAAUGGUUAUCUAUUUGAUCCCUGCAAAUAUGUAUAAUAUAACAUCACAUACAAAGGGGAUAAUAAAUAGUACAAAAAAAAACUUAUCAACAGUCUUAAAAAUGUUCAUUACGAAAGAUUCUAUAUUAUACAUUGAGUUACAAAUAAAUGGACGACGGGUCUAAUACAAAAACCACGAAAAAAAUGUCCCAAGUCAACCUAUUUAAACAUAGUGACAUGUAAAGGAAUAUGAAA